GUUGUGGUGGGGGUUUUCUGAGAACCAGCUCUAGUGCCAGGGCUUUACAACACAGUUCUUUCUGUGUUUGACACUCGCACGGUCGGAGCCAUGCAGCUGGAUAAUGUCACCAACGCUGGCAUCCACUCCUUCCAGGGGCACCGUGGAGUUGCCAACAAGCCCAAUGUGAUCCUGCAGAUAGGGAAGUGCAGGGCAGAAAUGCUGGAGCAUGUCAGGAGGACCCACCGGCACCUCCUGACUGAGGUCUCCAAGCAGGUGGAGCGCGAGCUGAAAGGCUUGCAGAAGUCAGUGGGGAAGUUAGAGAAUAACUUAGAGGACCACGUCCCAACCGAUAACCAAAGGUGGAAGAAGUCCAUCAAGGCCUGCCUGGCCAGAUGCCAGGAAACCAUUGCCCAUCUGGAGAGGUGGGUCAAGAGAGAGAUGAAUGUUUGGAAGGAGGUCUUUUUCCGUCUGGAGAAGUGGGCGGACCGUCUGGAGUCCAUGGGGGGCAAAUAUUGCCCUGGGGAGCAUGGCAAGCAGACUGUGUCUGUUGGGGUGGGAGGCCCAGAGAUAAGGCCAAGUGAGGGUGAGAUUUAUGACUAUGCCCUUGAUAUGAGCCAAAUGUAUGCGCUGACCCCUCCUCCUGGGGAGGUGCCCAGCAUCCCCCAGGCCCAUGAUUCCUACCAGUGGGUCUCUGUGUCGGAGGAUGCUCCAACCUCCCCAGUGGAGACUCAGGUCUUUGAGGAUCCCCGGGAGUUCUUGAGCCACUUGGAGGAAUACUUAAAGCAGGUGGGUGGAACAGAGGAGUAUUGGCUGUCUCAGAUCCAAAACCACAUGAACGGCCCUGCUAAAAAGUGGUGGGAAUACAAGCAGGACUCCGUCAAGAACUGGGUCGAGUUCAAGAAGGAGUUCCUGCAGUACAGUGAGGGGACUCUGACUAGGGAUGCUAUCAAAAGGGAGCUGGAUUUGCCACAGAAAGAGGGGGAACCCCUGGAUCAAUUCCUUUGGCGCAAGAGAGACUUGUACCAGACCCUCUAUGUAGAUGCAGAUGAGGAGGAAAUUAUCCAGUAUGUGGUAGGCACCCUCCAGCCCAAACUGAAGCGCUUCUUGAGUUACCCCUUGCCCAAGACCUUAGAGCAGCUGAUCCAAAGAGGGAAGGAAGUCCAAGGCAACAUGGACCACUCUGAUGAGCCCAGCCCGCAGAGGACCCCUGAGAUUCAACCAGGAGAUUCUGUGGAGACCGUGCCUCCCUCAACCACUGCCAGUCCCGUGCCGAGCAAUGGGACUCAACCUGAGCCCCCUAGCCCACCAGCUACUGUCAUAUGAGCUAGUCCAGGGGAGGCAGCGGUCUGGGUUACAUGAAAGGGAGAAAGGGGCGUAUUUAGGAAGCUUCUCCUUGGGGAGAGGUUCUGGCUGAGACGAGACAUGAGGUGUGCUCAGUCCAACAGCCCAUAGCAGAGCAAUUAACUUUGCUUGUGGGGGGAGGGAGGUGAUGGGGUACCUUAGGAUGUGGUUGUCCACCUCACCUGAGCCAUGCAGUACGGUGGUGCUGGAGAUUCUGCUUGCACCACUGUGGGGAACAGACAAUUUUAUGGGAUCCCUGACAAGAAACUAGAGACAAUUCCUAACUUCAGAAGCAGCUGCUUAGCUCGGGCAGCUUGCAAGGACUUCAUAUGAGUGCAGCAAUUGGCUGAGGGUUCCUACCCAUCUGGAUCUUUCCUUCUCCUUCUCUCCUCCC